AGAGAGAGAGAGAGAGAGAGAGAGAGAGAGCGUCAGAACCGCCACAUCCCCGCUGAGGGAGGGCAGUUUACGCGCGACCCGGCUGCUGAUCUCCACCAUCACCACUUCUCCUCCAUCAGGACUAAUUUCACCACGACAGCCUCCAAAGUCCUCAUUUCCAAGCAGACCGUUUGUCUCCACGGAGAGCGCAGAGGGGAAGAGCGCAACUUUUACCAGCGGAGCUCAUCCAUGUGCUGAACUUCAUCCUGCUCCGUGUGCCAAUUACAAAGAGUCUGUGUCGAAGCCUCCCUGGUCGUCAGUGACCCUCUUGGCUGGGUUUAUUGUCAUCUCCCUGGCUCCAAAGUGGCAGGAAUUACCCCAUUUUUUAAAAGAGGGAAAAAAACAACCCAGCAGAAUGCAGAGCUUGACUCAUCUUCAGUCCAUGUGYUCCUUUCAGAGUCUGACUGUUGUUGCUUUCCGGUGAAACAGAGAGUCCAGACUGUGUGGAUAAAAACCCCAAGGGUUUUGACAUUUCAUUUUUUUUUCUUAGAGUUUUGCUCCUCUUCUUGCUUCAGUGCGUUUUUGGAGGGGAGCCCAAACGAUGGGUUGGUGCUGCUCAGGCAUAUGCAGAGCCCUGGCUCCUCUGGUGCUCCUGUUUGUCUUGAGGGAGAGAAGCUGCUGCUGCUGCUGGGGGCUGAAGCCYGGCUCUGGGGAUCUGGAGAAGUCCCCACUCUCUGAUCCGGACCCCUGGGACGUCCUGGAGAGGCACAAACGCAGCUGGGUAUGGAACCAGUUCUUCGUUCUGGAGGAGUACACGGGAAACGAACCGCUCUACGUCGGCAAGCUGCACUCAGAUGUGGACAAAGGGGAAGGCAAGGUGAAGUAUGUGUUAUCUGGAGAGGGCGCCACAUCCAUCUUCACCAUUGAUGAAAACACCGGAGACAUUCAUGCCACGAAGCGCCUGGAUCGGGAGGCUCAGGCUUAUUACACCCUCCAAGCCCAAGCUAUAGACCGACUAACCAACUUACCAGUGGAGCCGAGGUCUGAGUUUGUGGUCAAAGUGCAGGACAUCAAUGACAAUGAACCCAAGUUUAUUGACGGACCGUACGUGGCCGGUGUACCAGAGAGGUCAUCUUUAGGAACCAAGGUUGUGCAAGUGGCAGCCACAGACGCAGAUGACCCGACRUACGGGAACAGUGCCCGGGUGGUCUACAGCAUCGUUGAAGGACAGCCAUACUUCUCAGUAGAGCCAAAAACAGGUGUCAUCAGAACAGCUUUGCCCAACAUGGACCGGGAGACGAGAGACCAGUAUGUGCUGGUCAUUCAGGCCAAAGACAUGGUGGGCCAAAUGGGCGGCCUCUCCGGCACCACCUCCGUCACUGUCACACUUACCGAUGUCAAUGAUAAUCCACCGCGGUUCGCGCACAAGAUUUAUCAGUACACGGUGCUGGAGUCACUGCCAGUCCAAUCUGUGGUGGCCAGAAUCAAAGCAGCAGAUGCUGACAUAGGCUCCAAUGCAGAGAUGGACUACAGAAUUAUGGAYAGCGACGGUCCUGGCAUGUUCAACAUAACAACAGAUGAAGACACGCAAGAGGGGGUUAUUAUCCUGCACAAGCCAUUAGACUUCGAGACAAAAAGCGGCUUUGCACUAAGAAUUGAAGCUACAAACAGGAAUAUUGACUCCAACCUCUUAAGCUUGGGCCCAUUUAGCGACACAACGUCAGUCAAGGUGACGGUCGAGGAUGUGAACGAGCCUCCCGUCUUCUCCACGCGAUUUAACAAGAUGGUUGUCUCAGAAGAUGCCAGAGUGGGUUUCUCAAUUGGGAGAGUAUCUGCCCAUGACCCAGAUACCCCCCAUAGCACAAUCAGGUACUCCAUUGACAGGAACACAGACAUGGAUCGUUUCUUUAAUGUGGAUGCUCUGAACGGGGUCAUCAGCACAGCCAAGCCUCUGGACCGAGAAGCCAGCUCUGUUCAUAACCUCACCAUCUUCGCUACUGAGAGCCAGGAUCCAACUCAAAUUGGUAAAGGCAUCACUCUCAUCACAGUGCUGGACAUAAAUGACAAUGCCCCGGUUUUUGCCGAAGACUAUGACACUGUCCUGUGUGAAAAUGCCAUGCCAGGCCAGGUGAUUGAGAAGAUCAGUGCAGUGGAUAAAGACGAACCUUUGAACGGCCAUCGCUUUUAUUUCACCCUGGAUGCACCUGUUGCCGGCAACCUCAACUUCACGCUGCGGGAUAACAAAGACAACACAGCGACCGUAUUGACAAAGAGAGGUGGAUUCAGGAGACGCGAGCAGCCCAUGUAUCGACUGCCCGUGUUGAUUACGGACAAUGGAAGUCCUGCCCUCAGCAGCACAAACACACUCUCGGUGCGCGUGUGUGAGUGCGACUCCAGUGGCGUACCCUUGUCGUGCGGGGCGGUGGCCUACACGGCGACUGGUCUGAGCACYGGCGCCCUCCUGGCUAUUCUGGGCUGCAUCAUCACACUUCUGGUGAUGGUUCUGCUAAUUGUGACGAUGCGCCGGAGAAGGAAGCAGCCCCUCAUCCUCGAGGAGGAGCGGGACAUCAGAGAGAACAUCGUUCGUUACGACGACGAGGGCGGGGGAGAGGAGGACACGGAGGCUUUCGACAUGGUCACCUUACGGAACCUCAACAUCGUCCGAGACCCCAGCGUGCGGCGAGACGUCACGCCAGACACCCCCACCUACUUCCAUUACACCGCAGCUUCUCGCCCGCCUUACAAGUCCCUGCCUGAUAACGUGGUGUUUCGGGAGUUUAUUUGGGAGCGACUGAAGGACGCCGACGUGGACCCGACGGCUCCCCCGUACGACUCUCUGCAGACGUACGCUUUUGAAGGCAGCGGCUCUGUGGCCGAGUCGCUAAGUUCGCUGGAGUCAUUAAGUACAGACUCGGAUCAGAACUACGACUACCUCAGCAACUGGGGUCCACGCUUUAAAAAGCUGGCAGACCUGUACGGCAACAGUGACAGCGGCAGCGUAUUCUCAUAGCCCCUAAAUGUUUCCUCCUAACAAUCCUUGAACUUAAAAAUACCCGAGUAAUAUAUUGUCAGAGAAAAUGAUUUUGUCUGCCUUAGUGCAUGGGAGGGGAAAAAAGAUUCAAAGACAACACAAGAGAUUGAACGGAAAAAAAAACUCUUUGACUUCAAAGAUUUUUGGUUUGUUUACCUCCCUGUAUGGAUUUUCAAACGCGUGCCAUGGCGAGUUUUGACACAGACUUCAAAUGUGGCUCGACUGAGGAGGAAGCCUUGUGUGCAAGAGACAUUAAAGGUUUCACAUUUUAGGCCCGAGUCCAGCCGUUGACUGCAGAAUGCAUUACACGUUGAAGCUUUUUAAUUUUUUUAUUUUUUUUUUAUGUAGAGGCACCUGUCCUUUCAUUCCAGUGAUGGGCACAGACCCAACACUUUUGCUUUGAUGCAUUCCUUUGCUAUCUUUGUGCUAAAAAAAAAAAAAAACAUAGAAGUUUCUCAUGAAAUGCUGUCUCUCUGGCAGCUGAUCGGUAGUCACUUGGCUGCUUAUMUGAAAUAUGAGAACAAUUUAUGUUUCGUUCUCUACCUUUUCGGAAAAAAAGGGUAACAGGCUGUAUUUUCUAAACUUUUACAUCCAGAGCCACAUUACCCACAGACUCAAUCAUACCUCUGAACACUAUGUGACAUGAACACAUAAUACAAUAUAAGCAAGUAGUUGGUGUGCUAAGGAAGUGACGUGACAAAAAAAAAGACACUCUUUAGUUUGAUGUAUCUACAGGGUGAAACAAAAAAUAUAUAUAAUUUCUCUUUUUCUCCUAACAACACAUUUUGCAGAUGUUGCAAUGUAGUGCGUGUCCCAGUCUGUUUCUACUUCUGCCUUUCUAUUGCCAMGUCCGAUGUAUCAUUUCUCAGCUAUAAACUGUCAGGAUUUAGUUGUUCCGCUUUUGUACGAGGCCGGUGGCUCUGCGGACCUGUGCCGCAUCUGAAAGCUGCGCCGACAGAUCUGUCCUUAUUGUGCUGCAGAUGCACGCCACUUACACUUGAAAAAAAAAAGAAAAGAAAAAAUGUUUAAAUAAAAAUAAAGAAGUAUUUGUUUUGUAGGUGGCAGACAUUACCAGGGUGAAGUUGCAGUUUGUAAGUAUUUUAUUUUAUUUGAUAUUUUUUGCUUCUGUAGUUUGCAAAAUCAAGCUUAUAUUGUAAUUUAAAAUUCAAAUGAAAAUACUGUAUGGUUUGAAUAUUGAUGGUAAAAGGACACUCUGUAAGAUAAUGAUAUUGUGGCAAUUUUUCAACUGUUUGUUUCUCAGCUUCAAUUGGGUUAUGUUACACUUGGGUGUGCACAUGUGCAGCCGAUACAUUUUAUUAUUUAUUUCAAAGAGGCAGAACUGUGCAAAUGAUGUUUUUAUCCUUUUGCUGAAAAUAAAAAUUGAUAUUCAGUUCCUUUAAAGGCUGAAGGGUUUUAUUUUAGGUUAGAUGAACAUUACCAGAAAAAAAAGGAUGUAAGAAUAAUGUCAUCUCUAGCCACUAACUUCAACCAACUUGUAACAUUUGCAAUCAGUGACUGCACUUUUAUUAAUUUAUUGUUCAUUAAAACGACUCAGGAAGCUAAAGAAGAAAAGAGUGAAGAAGGCAGGCGAGAUGUUUUAUUUCUGAUGAGGCUUCUGCAUGAAAGAUCUGAUAAAGACAAAGCGUUUACACUCCACCGAGGCUCGUGUGAUGACUGCAAGGCUCAUUGUCGACCGUUUAUGGAGUCUUUUGCAAAUUAAUAGUGGUGUGUAGAAAAAARAGGCUUCAGUAUAGGUUCAAAAACUGAAUUUCCUAUAAUGAUUAAGCUCUAGCUCCUUAAAAAUAAUGACUAAAAAAUUAUGAGAAAGAUUAAACCAUUAGGUACACCACAUUUGAUCACAUCUUUAUAUUCAACAGAGCUUCAGAGAUAAUAUACUCCUUGGAUUUGGUGUCUAGAUAUAUAUAAACCUAUACUUACUGUAUGAUGGCUUGUCUACAUUCAUUGUACUCAAACUGCACAUCCCUGAGUGGUGUGCAAAUAAUUUUAGACAAGAUCCAAGUUAGCUCACAUCUUAAGUAAUGUAAAGCAGGCAUGGAUAAAGAAAAGUUGAAGCAGUGAUUCAUCUGUUUUUGAAAGGUUUUUGUGCACACUGUAUGCACAGUAAUGGUAAACUUGUAAUUGUUAGUGUCUUAAAACAACUCUAAUCUCAAAAAUGUCAUUGUAGAUCAGGAAAAUACUUGUGAAUUUUUAUAUUACUGAGCAAUUUCAUAUUAGAUUUUAUUACGUACUGCCAGGUCACUUCUGGCAGAAAAAAACAGCAUAAUCUGAAUACAAUGGCAUUUAUAGAUUAGUGCUUGCAUGAAUAACUUUGUAUUUUUAUGAUUAGUGUUUUUUUUUUCAAUUGAUGCAAUUCACGAUGGCUUUGUUCCCAUACAAAAAUGUUUCUAGCUCAAAAAUCUAGUCAGAAGUUUUUUUUUUUUCUAAAUUAUUUAUUCAGUAUUACACGUUUAACUAAUUAAUGCAUGGUUGUUAAACUCUGUGAUUAUUUUAUUUUAUUUUUUAAUUUUUUGUACUUUUGUUUUUAGUGAUUCCACUUCAGGGCAAUACUGCCAGUCAAAAACUACUCAUAGUAGUUUUAUGCAUCAGCAUGGAGACACUGGUAGCCCACUCUUUCAGACAGAACAGCUUGAACUCUAGGUUGAGGUUUAGUUUUCUCAUAAUAAUUGCUCCACUUUGGUCCCUCAGCAAUAUUUCUGUUGGAACAAUUUCAAGACCCAACCACUUAUGAACACUAGUGUUGUUUUUUUUAACAAUCCUUUUGGAUGAACACUCUUCAUUUGCUCAUGGAAUCCGUGUUACUGAAAGUCAUGCUCUUCUUUUGAAGUUCACACAGGUUGUUUUUUUUUUUAUUGAACUUCACAAUUCGUUGCUAUUUCAAUUCUGGUCAGUCAUUUUUACCAAAAUGCAUUUACUUUCAUUUCUAUUUCCCCCCGCUGAAUAAACAGUUUAAGGUAUUUUCCAUCCUGCUGAAUACCAAAGAUUGUUGGUCUUCUAAAAUCCAACCAGAACAUCAGCAUACUAAUUAUUGCUAYUGUUUAACUGAAAAAAAAAAACUUACCUCUAAUUUAAACUUUGUAAUAAAAAUGUGCAUUGAA